CUUAGGAUUCCAAAGAUUGAGUUAGGCGAAAAGAAAAAUCGGAAAAUAGACGCAUUUUGCAAAACAAAGAAAAAAAAUGACACAAUUUGACCUCCAACCCGGUACCUUGUGGCGGUCGACCCGGCGGGCGCGUGCGGCCCGUUUUUCUCACCGGGUCAGGAUCAAAGUGGGUCAACCCGCGGGUCGACCUGCGGAUUGACAACCUUGAUUUGUGUACGUGUGCUCCACCAACUUGAAACUUUUGUUGGUCAUAGGGCUUGUUGCGUACUUGGUACCUAAUUCAUUUAGCAGUAGCCUACAAUAUAUAUAUAUAGAUAGAUAGUUGUGCAUUGUAUGUCUAGUUGUGUGUUGAAGGGAAAGAGAAAAAAGAGUUCUGAGAUAAGCUCUAGUAAAGUGAAAGUGAGAAUGAAGGCUCAUCAUCACCAUCCUGAUCAGAUCCUCCUGCUUACUAUCGGCAUUCUUGGCAAUAUCACCUCCAUCAUGAUGUACCUUGCACCCAUGUGGACGUUUUGGAGGGUGUACAGAAGCAAAUCAACGGAAGGGUUUCACUCCGUCCCUUACGUAGCUUCCCAAUUCAGCGCCAUGCUCUGGAUUUACUACGCCGUGCUCAAGUCCAACGACCUUCUCCUCGUCGUCAACUCCGUCGGUUUCGCUGUCGAGACUUUCUACAUCCUGGCCUUCGUAGCUUAUGCUCCAAAGCAAGCCAAGAUUCUGACAGUGAAGCUGGUGUCUGUAACGAGCGUUGGAGGGUUCAUCGCCAUACUUGUCCUGACACGAUUCUUCGCGAAAGGGGAGGUCCGGCUUCAGGUGGUGGGAUGGCUCUGUGCAGCUCUUUCCUGCUUCAUGUUCGCUUCUCCUCUCACCAUUAUGAGGCAGGUGAUGCAUACAAAAAGCGUGGAGUUCAUGCCUUUCACGCUCUCUUUUUUCCUCUUCCUGAGUGCCACACUCUGGCUAGCUUAUGGACUCUUGCUGCAUGAUUACUAUAUCAUGAUUCCGAAUGGAGUGGGAGUUGUGUUGGGGAUGGCUCAAAUGUUUCUGUACGGAUGCUACUGCAAGGAAAGGAAGAAGGGUAGUGUUGAAAACCAAAAUGGGAAUGCUGAAAGUGGUGGUGGGCUCAAUAGCUUAGAGGUGGAAAGCGGCUGCUAGUUGGUUGGGCCCAUUCGAGUGGGUUGUUGUAUGCUUGCGCCCAUUGGGCUCUUAGUAUGAUAUAGUAUGGAUAGGCAAAACAAAGCCCCUUUGAUUCUUCAGUAUGGGCCCAAAGUAGUUGAUUUCUUUUGGGUCUUGAUCAUGAGGCUUAUAUGCUUUAGUAUGUGGGGUUGUUUCUCUUGCUUAAUUAUUAGGACUUUAUGAACUCUUCUCUAAGCCUAUCUUUAUCGGUCCCAAUUUUCACGAUCCAAGUCAGGCCCGUAUACCCUCAACCAUCAAAUGAGUAUAUCUUGUUUCUGUUGGGGGAGUCCAGCUCCACAUCAACUCAUGUUCGGAAUAGCUCCAUAAUCACCGGGCCAAUACUACGGUGUCGUUGUAAAAAAUGCGACGUCGGUGAUGAGAUGAGACUUCUUAUUAGUGCACGUGGUUGUGACAUAACAUUGAUUUUGUUUUAUUAAUUUCAACCAAACUCAUCGGCCCAUUAGAAAUGGCCCAAACGACUGGUUCCAAAGUAACGAUAAAGGACUUACUGUUCA